AUGGAACCGUUGGAAAAAUGGAUCCUUGUAGCAGGAGAUGCCAAUAAUAUCUGUGAAGACGUUUCGGGUUUGAGAUUAACGUUGAACAAGAGUCUUCAGAAGGUAAAAGAUGCAAAAAAGGAGAAACUUAUGACUUAUCUUAGUUUUGGUGGGCUCAUGUUUUUUGGUAUUUGUUUAAUUGUUAUUGGUGUUUUGAUGUUUAUAAAUCCAUCCAUGCCUGGCGUGAAUCAGGUUAUCGGUGGAGCUGGUGUUAAAGGAGGUAUUAGUUUAGCAACAUCAGGUUUGGCACUGGUUGGUGGUAGUGCUGCUGGUGCUUAUGUAUUCCAUAAAUUGGAUUUGGAAGCCAUGAACAGAAAUUGA